AUGAGUUCUCAAAGCAAUACUGCUAAUUCUAUUGAGGCACCACAACUACCCAUUCCAGGCCAAACUAAUGGCUCUGCAAACGUUAGUGUUAAUGAGGCUAGUGUCAACAACGGUGUCCAGAAUGGUCUACAAGGUCAAAAGACCGGAAUGGACCUUUAUUUUGACCAAGCCUUGAACUAUAUGGGGGAACACCCUGUGAUAACAGGUUUUGGGGCCUUUUUAACUUUAUAUUUUACAGCGGGUGCAUAUAAAUCGAUAUCGAAAGGACUUAACGGUGGUAAAUCCACCACUGCCUUCUUGAAAGGCGGAUUUGACCCAAAAAUGAAUUCUAAAGAGGCUCUACAGAUUCUAAAUUUGACAGAAAACACCUUGUCCAAAAAAAAAUUGAAAGAGGUUCAUAGGAAAAUCAUGUUAGCUAAUCACCCAGACAAAGGUGGUUCUCCAUUUCUAGCCACUAAGAUAAAUGAAGCUAAAGACUUUUUGGAAAAAAGGGGUAUCAGCAAAUGA